AUGACACUGGACAGGCCGCUAUCGGAGGGUCCUUAUAGAGCAGCUGCCAACGGUGAAGAAAACCAUGCUUCCAGUGAAGCGGAGCAAGAUUCUGCACGAUAUUCAGAUGCCUCUGCACGGCGGCGGAACGGACAGACUGGUCGCAAAGUAAGAGUUUUUAAAAUAAGAAUGCGAGCCACCGCAGCAAAAGUUGUUGUUGACGGUCGAGUCUUCGAGUGCACUCCGUACUGGCGUGCUAAAGCGUACUAUCAACGCAGAUCCCAUCCCAUCCUGUGGCUUUUCUUCUCCUCCAUCUUCUUCCUUUCUUCUUUUCUUCUUCUUCUUGAAAGUCGUCGAUUUUUCUUUCUCCUCUUUUGGACACUUUUCUUUCCCUCCAAAAAAGCAAAAAAAAAAAGACGACGAAAAAGAGAAAGAAAAGAAGAAGAAAAGAAAAAGAUAAGAGGAGGAGAAAGCAGUCGGAAAGGAAGACAGGAAGACAGACGAGAGGAAAGAGAAAAGAUGUCAGAAGCCACACAUGACUCCGUCGAGGUGGCCUCGGAGAAGAAGCCUGCUCCAACUUCUGCCAUAGAAUCGUCGAAGCCAAAGGGGAUGCGCAAGAAUGGUAAAAACUGGCAUGCACCCAAGAAGGCCUUUAGACCGACUGCCGGACAGACAUCAUAUGCGAAGCGGCUGGAAGAGCGGAAAGCGAUGGCCGUGAUGAAAGAGAAGGAGAAGGAGAUGAAGGAGGAGAAGGAGGCUACAAGACAGGCCCGCAUACAAGCUAUCAAGGACCGACGAGCAGCCAAGGAAGAGAAAGAGAGAUAUGAGAAGCUGGCCGAGAAGAUGCACCGCAAACGAGUCGAGCGGAUGAGGAAGCGCGAGAAGAGGAACAAGCUGCUUAAUUCUUAG